CAAAAGGAUAAAUAAAUAAUAAAAAAGGAGCACAUAAUAUUUAUACGUAACUGUGUAUUUGUUGUGUCUAUGAUGUCAUUGCUAAAUGUUACAGUUAAACGAGCUUCUUAUGCUGGAGACCAAGCUUCCCAGUUGAACACAUACGUAACGGUAAAAUUGCAAAAUGUCAAGUCAACCACUGUGACCGUAAAAGGCGCCGAGCCAUGUUGGGAACAAGAUUUUGUGUUCGAAACAACAAGUGGCGAUGUCGGUCUCGUUGUCGAAGUUUUCUCCAAGGAGAUGCUCAUCAUCAAUCAUCCAAUCGGGCACAAAUACAUUCCGCUAAACACCAUUCCUUACGGGUAUCCGAACGAAGUGACGAGCAAAUGGUAUACGCUGGACCGCGAACUUGUCACGCAAAAUGGCGUCGUCGUUGGCUCCAAAGACCCCACGCAGCACAUGCUGAUGCUGGAUUGUCGUUUCGAGCUGCCAUACGGACAAAAAGUUGGGCAACAAACGAUGAACAAUGCCACGAUGAUGCAACAACAACAACAGCAGCAAGGCAUGUAUGGCGGGAAUCAGUAUGGCGCGAUGACAACAACAACAACAAAUAAUUAUAUGCAACAACAAAAUGUGGCACAAUAUCAUCAGUAUAAUAAUCAAUAUAAUCAAAAUAUGAGACAAGAUAAUUCUUAUGAGUAUAGUGGCUAUUAUGACGACGGAAGUGGAUACAAUAACGAUAGUUGCUACAACAAUCAAUUAGUUCCUGACGUGAAUAGUUGUUAUCCGGACGAUACGGCGGAUUACGAGCAAGACGAUGAUUUGUAUUAUAAUAGUCGUCCCAUGAAAAAUAGUUGGUCCAAAAGCAAUUCACGUCGAAUGCAACCGCAACGUCGCAGCUUAGAACGUCAAGAUACGCUUUACAGCGACGAUAUGACAUACAAUGGCGGCAAUGUUGAUUCCACGUAUUCCGACGGUUACAAUAACUACUAUCAAAAUGACGACAGUUUCGAUCAGUCUCUCGAUGCGGAUUACAUUUCGGAAGAAUGGGGCAGCGGAGGACGUCAUACGUCAUAUGGCAAACGACUUCCCGAUGCUCCGACAGUUCGUGGUAGUACGAGUGUCAGCGAGGGCCUGUAUUACUCCAAUAAGCGUGGUGCAAGUCUUCCGGCGACGCCGUUAGCGCAAAAACGAAAUCAACAGUCGUCUGUGGUGACGGCUUCGUCGCGCGUACUUCCACAACCAGUUGUUGGAGCAAAAUCGCAAAAAAUGUUACCGCAAGUCCCAAUUGCAUCCGUAACAGCAGUUUCGACGUCCUCGAGUAACUUUCUCAGUAGCACCUUUAAUACGACGAGCAAACGAAAGAUGCCCGUGCCCAAAAUCCAGCCAGAUAUUUAUUCGGAGACAGAUACAACUCUCAAUAACUCACCGUACCAUAAUAGUCACAUAACAGCAUAUUCUAGUUCAACUCAAAACUUUAAUGAGGAUUACAAUUAUGCUUACGAGGGUUCAGAAGCAAUAAACGAUAACUUUUACGAGUCUUAUGGCAAUUCAACUAGAAAAAAUAGAGUAGCAGCAUUACCUAGCGUUCCUCAGGUGACAUCGUCGUCAUUAGCAUCAUCAUUAGCCAUUACGGGUGUCUCUGAUAGUACAAGUUUGUAUAACAACACUUACAAUAUUUACAACUCAUUGACGCCAUCAACAAUAGCAACUACAACAACAAACUCUUUGUUUCAAAAGGAUUACGGAUUAUACGACAACACCUAUUCUUCCAUCAUCUCGCCGGCAAUUACGACAACAACAUCGUCUUACUUGAAUGACAAUUAUGCGACUUCGAAUUACUCGAGUUCACUUUUCGGCUCGAAUAUCCAGACAACAACAGCAUCCGUGCAUCACGCGGACGAACAUAGCAAAGUCGAUAAUUUGUUUGGAAAAUUAUCGUCGGCAGCGAGUGCGCUAAAGUCGACCGUUCAGAAGCAAUUACCUACGACAUCGACUGGAAUUGUAACAACAACUUCGAGCACGUCGAGUUAUAGCACGGGAUUAUGGAGUUCAAGUGGCAUUGGAAAUUUCUCGGGAUUCUCCUCGUCACUCACAUCAACAACUAUCACGAGUAGUAACAACACAACCUCGAUCAAUAACUUCUUGAAUAGUAACAAACUACCAUCCGUUCCUACAAUAACUAAUUCCUCAUAUGGCAUAGAUAGCUCGUCGCUUCUCCAUACGACAACGUCAAGUUAUCUUACGAGCUCAUACACAUAUUCGGACUCGAUUUUACCAUCAACUGUAACGACGUCGACGAGUUAUUUGACAAGUUCUUACACGUAUUCUGAUUCGAUUCUGCCAUCAACUACCACGACAUCCAGUAGUUAUCUUACAAGCUCCUAUACAUAUUCAGACUCAAUUUUGCCGUCAACUACUACGACAUCCAGUAGUUAUCUUACAAGCUCCUACACAUACUCAGACUCGAUUUUGCCAUCAACCGUAACGACAACCAGUAAUAGUUACUUGACGAGCUCCUUGUAUGAUACUGCGCCAACAACCACAACUACAGCCAAUAAUUAUCAAUCCUUGUUGGAGACACGAAGCACAAAUGAGAAUGAUGAUUCGAUGUUUAGUCGCUUCAACAGUUACGAAAGCGAAAGUGUUCCGUAUUCGACGUCUAAUGACUUGUCCAUGUACACUACGGCGACACAAGGAGGACAAGAUCUAACACUGACGGAAUACGAAAAUGCUACCGAUGUAUAUAAUGAUGACCUUGGAUACGAUUACGGCGGAGGAACAACUGACAUUGGCAAUUUGAAGCAAGAUUUGGAUGGAUUUGGAGAUUCUUUCUACAACACAACGUCAUUGGUGACGACGACGCACAAUUCGUUAAUAACGACAACAACUAGUUUAGGCAUAUCAGAUAUCUAUAACAACUAUACAACAACAACAUCGUCGACAUUACCUGCAAAAACGCUCCCACCUAUCCCGGAUUCCGCUUAUGACACGCAAAACAGCAAUUUGUACGAUGAAGAGGAAUACACGGAUUUACAGAAUUAUUUGAAUCCCGUGGCGACUACAUCUUCCGGUAUCGCGACAACUACAAGCGCCCCCUACACAUCCACGCUCGAUGAUUACAUGCUGGAGCCGACAACAACAGCGCCAUCUAUCAUGAACACGGAUUACACAACAAACUUGGCGCCGUACGAAGAGCAAUACGAUAAUCAAAAUAUCAACGUCACGAGCACUACAACUCCUGGCUUAACCACAAACCACAUGACGGACAGUGCGUAUACGAGUGAUUACUAUGACAAUUGUCAGUACGAUUACGAGUACAAGGAAAAUGAGGCGGAUUUCUUGGCGUCUGGCGAUAUCAUUGAAAAAACCAAACAACAGCCUGUCAUUAGCACGGCAGCAUCUAGCACAAUGUAUAACGUCAUGAAUAACAAUAAUAAUAACAACAAUAACAUCUACACAACAACGCCAUCUAUGACAAGUAACUUUAACGCCAACUCGUAUCCGUCGUCACGCCCAGCUGUGGAGCAAGCAAAACAACAGGAACAAAAUAAGACUGCUAGUAUAUUAGGUCAAAGCAAAAGUUUAUUUGGUGGUUUAAGUAAUAUGAUAGGAAGUAGCGUAACUAGUUUGAUAAGUAAAUCAAGCGAAUUGACAAAGCCAGCGACAUCAGCGCCAUCUAACGUCAAUACAUCGUCCGGAUCAACUCUCGGCGGUUUCGGAAGCAGCAUGUUUAACCAAUUUAACGCAUCAUCUGCAGCAGUAACAACUUCUGUGGCAGCUACAACUACCGCAGCGUCGAUGUACGGAUCAUCAGCCAUGCCGACAACGACAGCUUCGAUACCAACAACUAACGCGUAUGGUAGUUAUGACAUGAACAACAUGAGUAUUGCACCGCCAACAUCAACUGUUGAUAGUUUAAUGAACUCGAAUACGGAUCAAUAUGGAAAUUCUUUGUACAAUGAUGGCGGAAUGAUGUUAGAUAUGAUGGGUCAACCGGAAAUUCUGGAGCCAUAUCGAGAGGAUUUCGAAGAUGAAUAUCAGAAUAACGGGAUGAUGGGAGGAAAUCAACUGGAUGAUGCUUAUACCAAUGGAUAUUAUGAUGAGAAUCAGGUAAAUGGCUCACAAAUGAUGAACAAACAACCGCAACAACCUGGCGAAGAGACUUUCUACAACACAUAUAACGACUACAUGGUUUUCAACGAGGAAGACGAGGACCAAUAUCACGAGCAGGAAAAGCUCGAGGAACAAUUGGAGGAAUACAAGGAAGAUUUCGAGGAUGAAUAUAUGAUGCCUCCUUCCAGUAAACCCUCAACCACAAUGGACAAUAGCAUGGUGCCCGUUAGUCAGGGCGCCUACUCAAACAAUCAUCACACCUCACACUUGAAUAAUCAGAGAUCCCUCCCGCCCCAAGACUCCUUCGACGACUUGGAAUACGACUCGAAACUCAAUAAAAACUCCCGUUUGCUGCAGAAACAAGACACGAUUCUCAGCGAAGCGACGGAAUAUGUCGAACACGAUCAGGAAUAUUUGGACGAGUAUCACGAAGACAUGCCUCCAACGUCGACAUCAGCAACUUCGACAUCCAAGCGUCAUCUUCAAACGCAAGAAUCGCUGUUACCGGGCGAAGAACCCGAACCCGAUAUGUACGCCGAGAAACCUCAUGUCGAUAAAACGAGCGGAAUUGAGAUGAUUCACGAGGAGCCGCCUCCAUCACGCAAAGAUUCUGAACCAAUUCCGACGGUGUUGAAGGAAAAACCAAAACCGAAGCCCACAGCGAAGGAACGCUGGCACUGGGCUUACAACAAAAUCAUCAUGCAACUAAACACUUUCAUUGUUUAUGGACUCCAUACGAGAGAAACGUGCAGCGCGCCAGUAUUUUGUGACAGUCUAUAA